AGAGUGAGUCAGGGCGAGUCUCGCGCAGACGUCGAGCAGGAUGAGAACAGCAUCAAGAAGACAAGACGUCUUAUUCUUGCAUCUACAGAAGUCUGCACUUUGCUGCAACGGCCCGUUUUCAUGCUGCCCUCAGUCUCCUCUUGGAUAAACUUUGCCUCACUGUUGGAGACUCUCUUCAAUUUUUGCUGGAGUAUCUCCUUCCUGACAGUGACUCGUGCGUAACAGCUGAGAUCGAGCCGCACAUAUUCCAAAGAGGUUCAGGGUCUGGUCGACGUCGGUUCCACUUGCUUCUAGAAAUAAAUAAAUAAUGCAUCCUCAGCCACGCCGUGACCCCUCCAUGUCAGGGAAAGAGCGCAGCCCCCGUCACAGGCCGUGGUCAGUCUACCGGGCCAACACGUUUGAUCUCUCAGCGGAGAUGAUGGGGCUGGCGCUGUCAGGGAACAGUCAGGAUCCAGAUGAGCCUGUGUUAGAGUUCAGUUUGGUAUGCAGUGAGCUGGUCACUGCCACUGUGGACCGUCAGCCCAGCAGCUUUGUGGCUGUGAGCUGCACCACACCCCCUCAGGCCUUCUGGACCAAACACUCUCAAACUGAAAUCAUUGAGGGCACCAGUAACCCCAUCUUCUUGAGCAGCGUCGCCUUCUUCCAGGACUCUCUGAUAACUCAGCAGACCCAGGUCAAGCUGUCGGUCUACGAUGUUAAGGAUCGCUCUCAGGGCACCAUGUACAUGCUCGGCUCGGCCAUGUUUUCCUUGAAGGAGCUCCUGCAAGACAAACACCACCGCCUGCACCUGACUCUUAGGUCGGCUGAAAACGAGAGAGUGGGCAACAUCACGGUGAUCGCCUGGCAGAUUGAGGAGAAACGCGAGCAGAGAGCUCCCGUUGCACGACUACAACGAGGAGACACCAUCAAUGGAAGGAUGGUUCUUCCUGUGGAUGAAAGUUUAACUGAAUCUAAAGGCAUCAAGUCCAAGUCUUCUUCACUGUGUAAAGAUCCCCUCCUGAAGGCUGUCUUUGGGGGCGUCAUGUCACAGACUUACCGUUUCCCCAUCACGGACGGCAACCACCUUCGAGUCCUGGAGCAGAUGGCUGAGAGCGUUCUCUCGCUGCACAUCCCUCGACAGUUUGUCAAGCUGCUGCUGGAGGAAGACGCCGUCAGGGUGUGUGAGCUGGAAGAACUGGGUGAGCUGUCUCCAUGCUGGGAGAACCUCCGGAGGCAGAUCAUCACACAGUACCAGACCAUCAUCCUCACCUACCAGGAGACCAUCAGUGACCUGCACGAGUACAAAGGUCCUUCUUUUAAAUCGAGCACACUAAAAGCGGAGCGAAAGUUGGAGUUUAUCCCGACAAACCUGCACAUACAGAGAAUGAGAGUUCAGGGAGAGACCGGCUACGACCACACAUACGACGUGGUGACCAUUGGUGCCCCUGCAGCACAUCAUCAAGGCUUUAAAGGCUGCGGCCUGCGCAAACUGCUGCACAAUCUCGAAGAAGCCAGAAAGCACACUUACGAGGACGAGAGCUCUGCUGGCUCGAGAGCAAUGGCGUACCAGCCGCAGGAUGUGGUCAGAGCGAAGGAGCUGAUUGGACAAAUUAACACGCUGAAGACGCAAGUGUGCUACUACAUCGAGCGUCUGGCUCGAGCGGCCAAGGAGCGCUCGGCUAACGCUCUGGAGAGAACCUUGGCCAUCCUCAAAGAGAAGACUCGUCAGUUAGUGAGCGUGUGCGACUCCAAGCUCUUAUCCUCCGCCAUCAUCGCCCUGGCUGCUGCCCGCCCGGAGCCCGCCCUGCAAGGCACACCGUCCCCGUCCUCUUCCUCCCUCUCGCCCUCCUCCCGCUCACCAUCCCGCUCGCCCUCCCACCACCCGACGUCCCCGUUGAGAGCUGCGACCUCGCCCUCUCGCCACCCCACUCCCCCUGAGUGCGGCGAAGGGAGUAAAAGCAAGCGUGCCUCCUUGCAGGCCGACUUGCAUGAAGAGGAGUGGAAGAAGGUGUGGCUGAAUGUUGACAAGAGUCUGGAGUGUGUGAUCCAGAAGGUGGACAGGUUGCUGCAGAGAGACCAGCUGCAGAGCGACAGCAGCUCUGAUGAUGUGUUCGCUCUGGCCAGCGAGGAGCCCAAAAACACCAAAAAAGGCAACAGUCCAGAGGUGGAAAAAAAAUCACCAGGUGAGUGGAGCGAGGCUCUACACCCUCUGCUGGCCACACUGAGCGACUGCACCUCACUGAUGAGCGACAAGGCCAAGAAGGCCAUGGUGUUCCUCCUCAUGCAGGACAGUGCCCCCACCAUUGCUAUGAGCCUGACACUGCAGUACCGCCGUGACGUUGUAUUCUGCCAGACACUCACAGCUCUGAUCUGUGGCUUUGUCCUCAAGCUGAGGAACAGCCUCUGUGAUUCGGGCUUCCUCAGGCAGCUCCACACCAUCGGCCUCCUGGUGCAGUAUGAGAGCUUACUCAGCACCUACGGUGAGGAGCUUGCUAUGCUGGAGGAUAUGAGUGUGGGGGUGAACGACCUGAGGAACGUCACCUUUAAAAUCACGCAAGCAAGCACAGCUUUCAGCCCCGACAUGCUGCCCGUGAUCACGGGAAACAGGAGCGGCUUUAACGUCCGGGUACCGAUACCAGCCGCAAUAUUUGACACUCUUCCACGGGAUAUCCAGAACGGGAUGCUGCUACGCGUGCAGCCGGUUCUCUUCAACGUGGGUAUCAACGAGCAACAAACGCUGGCUGAGAAGUUUGGAGACACGUCCUUGCAGGAGGUGAUCAAUAUAGAGAGCACGGCACGUCUCAGCUUGUACUAUGACCACUUUAAAGAGGUUCUGCCUGAGGACUGUCUGCCUCGCUCUCGCAGCAACACCGGUCUGCCUGAUCUACUCAGGCUGCUCAGCCAGAACGUCAACGCCAAGAAGAGCAAGAACGUGGAGAUUCUUUGGCAGGCGGCUGAGGCAUGCCGGCGCUUGAACGGCGUGCGUUUCACCAGUUGCAAAAGCGCCAAGGAUCGUACGGCCAUGUCCCUGACCCUGGAGCAGUGUCACAUCCUGCAGCAGGAGCACGCCCUGGCCCCACAGGUCUUCUACCAGGCCUUGGACUGCAUGCGCAGUGAGGGUUGCAGACGAGAGAACACCAUGAAGAAUGUGGGAUGUCGCAAAUAUGCCUUUAACUCUCUCCAGCUCAAGGCUUUUCCCAGACAGUAUCGCCCUCCAGAGGGCACGUAUGGGAAAGUGGAAUCCUAACUCCAGCAAAAAGGACUGAAGAGAGCACCCCCCCCCCACACACACACACGCACACACAAACAACAACAACAAACAAAACACCUACAACGUGCAGCAGUUGUUGUGUUUCGUCACUGAUAAGGAAAUAUAUUUAUGUCCAAGUACUACCAUAGGUUGUUUUAUAGUGGUUUUGCCUCUUCUCGGUUAUACCAGAACUGCCAAUGAGUGUGUCAUUUAUUGCUCUUUAUUGGGAAAAUGGCAGGAAAUGAUAAAUGAGAGUCUAAAGCCAGUCGGCUACACGAAAUGUUACAAGUGCUGCAGUGUGUUAAUGUGCAGCUAAGUACAAAUAUUCUGUUUACUUAUGCUUAAAAUCUCUUUAUUUGCUCACCCAUUAAGGAAAUUACUGAGCCCCUUAAGCAGGAUAAAACCAGACCAGUGGGGGUGAAGAUAUGCUAAGCAAUCGAAUACAUUUAAACAAAAAAACAACCUACCUCUCAGCUUUGUGGUACAGUGUUCCCUCGUUUAUCGCGAGGAAUAGGUUCCAGAAUAGCCCGCAAUACGUGAAAUCAGCGAAGUAGCCAACUUCAUUCAUUUCUACAAAUGUUUUAAGGCUGUAAAUCCCCUCAACAUACACUUUAUACACUUUUCUCAGACAGACAAUAACAUUUUAUUACAUUUCUCUUUUGUUUAAGCAUUCAAAAAAGUUCAAACCUUCAUUUGAAUUUUAAUGAUCAACCUACAGGCCGGACACAAUAAAUUAUUCAGUCGCUCGCACGUAUUUCACUCCCGUGGCCGUGCCUUUUUGCCCUGGCGCCGUUCCGCUGUGCUGUAGCGUUUUUGUAUCCUUGUUAAAACGUACUGUAUUGCUGCAGUCCUCCUCCUUCGCACCGAGGAUUCAUUUACAAGCUAGCAAGCAAUUCUACUUAAAGGCCUGUAACAGCAUUCAUGCUGUAAUAAAAAAAAGAAGAAGCACUAAAAAAAAAUUAAGUGGAACAGUGAAUCCACAAAAAGUGAACCGCGAUGCAGCGAGGCAACACUGUAUAGCUGAAAAAGGGACCCUCUUAUUCUUUACUAAAGUAUUAUUAUUGCUCUUCCAGCAACUAAAUUGCCUUUUUGAGGGCUUUAACAUCCUUAAAAAUGUCCCAAAUCUUGGCAGCAUCCAGUAUCCAGAGAGUAUAUUUACUGCUCAGCCGUGCCCACGUGUCCAGUUUUUCUUUUUUUUUUUCAGUGUAAUGUUCUAAUCUGCAUCAUGUUUAAUUUUAUCUGCAAAAUAAGCAGUGGGUCACUCUAGACGAGCUGUGGGCCAACCAUGAUCCAGGGCCACACUUUGGACACCCCUGUGUUCAACAAAAAUUAAACUAAUAUGCAACGCGACUAGUGAUUGAUAGAUUUUUGUGUUUGUGUAUUUUAUUUUAAUCAUGCAAUCCUAAAAUAUGACAAGCUAAUCUCGAUCAUAUCAUAAAUUGGCCCAAAUUCAACACAAUUGAUGAACAUGUGUAAACGUAAGGUACCUACUUCACUUGCACCCUCCGUGCUGGUUGGCCACUUAGGUGAAAAAGAUUUUUUUUUUUUUAUUAGCAAUAGA